AUGGCCAGCAAGCUUGCUCAGCUCAAGGAAUCACAGCUCAGGAUUGUGCUUGUUGGGAAAACUGGAGUUGGCAAGAGUGCAGCAGGAAACACCAUCUUGAUGAGAAAAGCCUUUAAAUCUACAUUGUCCUCUUCCUCACUGACAUCAUGUUGUCAGAAGCAAACAGCAGAGUUUGGUGGACAAACACUGGAAGUUAUUGAUACUCCAGGUCUGUUUGACACUGGAAGACAACAAGAGGAAGUGGUGACAGAGAUUGGGAGAUGUAUCACAAUGGCUGCUCCUGGUCCUCAUGUGUUCCUGGUUGUGAUCCAGCCAAACAGAUUCACAAAAGAAGAAGAAGAAACAGUGAAAAUCAUUAAGAAGAUGUUUGGAGAACAGGCAGCACGUUACACAAUGGUCUUGUUCACACAUGGAGAUGAUCUGAAGGAGGAAGAAGUCUCCAUGGAUGAAUUUAUUGGUCAAAAUCCAGCUCUUCUUAAUUUCAUCAAGCAGUGUCAUGGAGGAUACCAUGUUUUUGAUAACAGAAACAAGGAUCCUUCUCAGGUCAGUGAGCUGCUGAAGAAGAUCAAUGGAAUGAUUCAGAGAAAUGGAAGAAGAUACUACACCAGUGAAAUGUUCCAAGAGGCUCAGAAGGCCAUAGAGGAAAAAAUCAAAGAACUACAGCAGGAAAAUCAAGAAAUGACAGAUGAAGUCGCAAGAAAAAGUGUAGAGGCUGACGACUCCUUUAUUUCCUCCGUUAUUGCCGCUAUUACUAAAGCUGCUAUUGAGCUCCUCCAGGAAGCUUUAACCAUUGCAACAGAGAAAACUAUAACUGAACUGAAAAACAGGGCAUGCGUUAUUCAGUAA